GGGAAAAAAAAAAGAAGAAGACGUAUUUUUACAUUGAACCACUGCUCCGAAGCGCUCUCUUUUGACCUAUCCAGGACUUGCCGUUCUGAUGUGUUCCCUUCUCCUAACCAAACGAGCUUCUUCAAAAUAUUCUCACCGGAUUGCGGCAAAAUACUACUGACCGAAGACCAACGCAAUCAAAAACAUCAACCUAAAGAGUAGAGACGUGCAUGAUGAGGAGAGGAAAUCCAGGCCACGACGAGCAAUUAAAAAACAAAGAAAAUGAGGACAUCACAGUAGAAGACCUUCUCCUGGAGAAGCACGAUCCCCCUGACGUUAAACAGGACAAGUCAGACAUGCUGUCCAUCAAACAGGAGGCGGAGCCAGUGACCCCCAGCAUUAAAGAAGAACAACAGGAAGAGGAAAUCCCCAAGUUUCCAAUGACUGUAAGAGUGAAGAGUGACGAAGAUGAAGGUCCAAGCGAAGAGAGCAGAGCAGCGAAACUAGCAAGCGGUAGCUUGUUCCGACACCUGCCAUCAAAAGAUAUCACAGUAGAUCUUCACCCGGAGAAGCCCGAUCCCCCUGACGUUAAACAGGAGGAGUCUGACAUGCCGUCCAUCAAACAGGGGGCGGAGCCAGUGAUCCCCAGCAUUAAAGAAGAAGAACAGGAAGAUGAAAUCCCCAAGUUUCCAAUGACUGUUAGUGUGAAGAGUGACGAGGAUGAAGGUCCAAGCGAAGCGCGCAGAGCAGCGAAACUAGCGAGCAGUAGCUUGUUCCAACACCUGCCAACAAAAGCUAUCACAGUAGAUCUUCACCCGGAGAAGCCCAAUCCCCCUGACGUCGAACAGGAGGAGUUGGACAUGCCGCCCAUCAAACAGGAAGCGGAGGCAUUGACCCCCAGCAUUGAAGAACAGGAAGACGAAAUCCCUGAGUUUCCAAUGACUGUUAUUGUGAAGAGUGACGAAGAUGAAGGUCCAAGCGGAGAGAGCGGAGCAGUGAAACUUGCGAGCAGUAGCUUGUUCCAACACCUGCCAACGAAAGGUGAGGGACGAUCGCAACCGGACGACCUCUUAGCGCCACUGUCGGACAACGACGACCUAAAAUCGAACUCUUCUGACAUUAACGCCGAUGAGAAGGAUGUUGGUUUUGAGCAAAAUGCUUCGAAAUCCUUAAGCAAGCCAUCACUGAGAAGAAACGCAAAAGAACGCGCGGGUGGGAAACCUUUUUCCUGCUCACAUUGCGAUAAAACAUUCACUACCAAGGAAUAUUUAAUGAAACACAUGUAUACACACACGGGAGGAAAACCUUUUCUCUGCACAUUUUGUGGCAAAAGAUUCACUCGCGAGGGAACUUUAAAAAUACACACAAUAAGACACACUGGGAAGGAUCCAUUCGUCUGCGCUCUUUGCAAUAAAGGAUUUAGUGCGAAGAAACAAUUAACAAGACACGCACGCACACACAAAGAGGAAAACUGUUUUCUCUGCACAUUUUGUGGUGAAAGAUUCACCCACGAGAAAACUUUCAAAAUACACAGAAGACGACACACUGGAAAAAAGCCUUUUGUCUGCCUUCUUUGCGAGAAAGGAUUUUGUGCAAAGGAUGAAUUAACAAGACACAUGCUUACACACACAGUGGGAAAGCCUUUUGGCUGCACAUUUUGUGGUAAUAGAUUCACCCACGAGAAAUCUUUAAAAAGACACGCAAUAAGACACACUGGAGAGAAGCCUUUUGUCUGCUUUCUUUGCGAUAAACGAUUUUGUGAAAAGGGAGAAUUAACAAGACACACGCUUAUCCACACAGCGGAAAAGCCUUUUCCCUGCACAUUUUGUGAUGAAAGAUUCACCCAUGAGGGAUAUUUAAAGAUGCACACAAGAACACACACCGGAGACGAGCCUUUUGUCUGCUCUAUUUGCCAUAAAAAAUUUUGUAGCAUGGAGGUCUUAACAAAACACAAGACAACACACAUAGGGAAAAAGCUUUAUGUCUGCACAUUUUGUGGCAAAAGAUUCACUAAGCAGGGAGCUUGCAGGGAACACACAAGAAUACACACUGGAGAGAAGCCUUUCGUCUGCUCUUUUUGCAAUAAAAGAUUUUGUUGGAGGCAAGCGUUAACAGCACACGCUAGACUACACACUGGAGAAAAGCCUUUUGUUUGCACAUUUUGUGGUAAAAGAUUCAGCCAGAAUACAUCUUAUCGUCUGCACAAAAGAACACACACUGGAGAGAAGCCUUUCGUCUGCUCUCUCUGCGAUAAAAGAUUUAUUACGAAGCAAGCGUUAACAACACACACUAGAACACACACCGGAGAAAAGCCUUUUGUCUGCACAAUUUGUGGUAAAAGCUUCGCCCAGCAGGGACAAUUAACGGCGCACAUCAGAGGGAAGCCUUUUGACUGCUCUCUUUGCCAAAAAAGAUUUUGUACGAAGCGUGAUUUAACAAGACACGCGCAUACACACCAGGUGGAAGGGUCACCCGAAAGCAAGAAUUAAACGAUUACACAAGAACACACACCAAGGAGAAACCUUUCACUGGCACCGUGUGGUGUAAAAACCGCCUCAGGAAGGGAACCACGGACAACUUGUAGUUCUUGAAGAUAAAUGUGAGUAUGAGUUAUAAUUAGGGCUGUCAAACGAUUAACAUUUUUAAUUGAGUUAAUCACAGCUUAAAAAUGAAUUAAUCGUAAGUAAUCGCAAUUACGACCAUCUCUAAAAUAUACCAUAUUUUUCCAUAAAUUAUUGUUGGAAAUAAAACACAAGACGGAUGUAUACAUUCAACAUACUGUGCAAAUGUACUGUAUUUGUUUAUUAAAUAGGAGAGUCAGUUACAUUCAUUAACUUUUCGGCCACCGGGGGGCAGACAACAAUAACGUAAGGAUUGCGUAAAAGGAUUUAUUCAACACAUACAAAAAAAAAACACGUGAUUGCCAUGAGGGAGACACAAUAAGGGUCUGUGACAGUAGGUUGGGAUAAAUUAACCGUUUAAGGUCUGGGCCUAUUUUGUCUGAUUUUGCAUGCCUUUGAAGUUGCCUUUAUAUUUCAAAGAAAGAAUGGUUUAUGAUGGCCUGGUUUGGUCCCUUUUUUUGUGACACCUUGAACUUCAUGUCCAAACUUGUUUCCUUCACUGACCAAUUAUAAAUCAUCAUUUUGGGCCCAAAAAGACCAAAAAUUCCAAAAUCGUUUUGUCAAAAUUUUUAAUAUUGAUGUCCAAUUGACAACCAAACAUGCGUAACGAACCGUUUUGAAACUUUGUAAUAUUUAUUCAACAUGUUAGGAUGAACAUUCAACCAAAAAAAUUUAGAAAAAAUAGUCUUAUAUUUGACAAUUCAACAUAAACAACAGGUGUAGCCAUAGGCGUUUUUUGCCUUUAUACAUGCUCUAGUCAAAACAGGUUAUAUACAGCAGACCAAACAGUGAAGAACAGUGAAAAAAUAUAUACCAUCUAACACAAAAAGUGUUUAGAGGCCAUCUCUUUAUGAGUUUAGGUAUUGCGGCCCAUCACCUGAUGAAAACUAUGUACACACAAUCAAGCUUCUUGAACACACAUUUAUAUACACAAAUUGAGAAGACUGAUUGUGGUAAAAAAAAUAUAUAUAUAACAUUGGGGGGAAAAAAGUAUUUUCAAAAAUAUUUACAAUAAACAAGUUAAUUUUUUUUCAGGCAUGCCACUCCGAAAAGCAGUUUCGUCCUGGAAUUAGACACGGGGCUACAUCACACAGCUCAAACUUCCAUGGGGUGUCGGUCCUCUUUCCACCCUUCCAUUUUCAUUUCACUUUACUUUCAUUGUCACUAUAAAUGUACAUGAAAAAAGUCAGUAUUUAUGGAAAUAAUAAAGUAUAAAAUAAAAAUAUAUACAGCAAUAAAUAAUAAUGGAAAUCUAUAUGUAUGACAAUAGAAAGAAUACCAUAGCUGAAUAUGUGCUACAUCCCUAAUCUUCAUAUAGAAAGAACACCACAAAUGAUAAAUUCCUGCCUGGGAUACCCACAGUGCACGUACGACUUUGAUCUGCUAUGCACAUUUUAUUAUUAUAUACACAAACACACACUUAUAUUGCAUCAAAAUUAACUUUGUCUUGCAAUAUCAAAAGAAACUUUCAAAAGAAACUUUUUCAGCAUAAAAAAAAAAGAGUGAGUUGGCUUACCUCUGCUCGUCGAUGGCGUCACCCACGUAUUCAAAUCAGUCACUAUCUUCACUCGAGGACUCUUCCGAAGAAGACGAUGAUGACGAAUUUGGACCAUCCUCUUCCUCAAGUUGAUCAAAAAGCACAAUUGCUUGCGCUAAAUUUAGUUUUCCGUUCAUUGUCAAAGUCACACAAAGUCGCUGCUCGAUCCAAACGGCCAUCGCUCGCCACCUCGCUGCUUCAGAACACUCCUCCCUCUCGUUCGGUAGAACCUCGCACGGCAGUUAUAUUUAUUAAAAAAAAAAAAAAAAAAACGCAUUUUGUGCUUCCACUGUGACUUUGAAAGGGUUCGUUUGAUUUGUUUUUUUCAUAGAGCUUCUGUUUUGAAAAAGGACAAGAAAUGAUGGAAAUAUAGACGUAAACAGAUGAUCCAUGCAGCGUUUUAAUGUUUUUUUGAGAGGACAAUAAAACUUAAAUGACAAUAUCUCACGUUCUAGUUGGUCGAUUGACUUCAAAUAAUGAGGGUAAACCGCAACUUGCGCACUUUAAAACGAGACCAACCAACGGCGUGUGGGUGACGUAAUUAAAACGUGAGGGCGCUUCUAAGACGACGUGCGACUCUCAAGGGUUAAAUAAACAAAUAAAACCCGAGGGAAAACCGCAGUGAGAGGCAAACGGGAAAAAAACAAGGCGAUGAUGCAACUAGCAAUGCAGGGAUAUAGCCAACAAACUGUCAGAUGGCAGCAAGUCAGUAUGUCGGCAAGCCGCCUAGGAUUGGUUUAAAGAUGCUGCUGAUGAACUGGAAUAGGAGGUAGGAGGUCGGGAACCCAUCUCACAGCUCUGUCAUAAAACGAUCUGACCAGCAGCAGAACGUGACAAAAUCAUGCCAGUCGUCCUACUCUUUUCGCUUGCUAGCUCACACAGCUGUUGUUGCAGUCCAGUCCACCCGCAUUAUCACCCCGAGCAUGCAUUGCGUGCGUGAAAACCAACUAAAUAUUAGAUUUUUUGAUCAACGGCAAUCAUAAAUGUGUUUCUAACACCAUAUUUUGGCAAAAGAGAAUAAUUGUGGCUUAUUUUAGCCUACAGUGUAUCACAAAAGUAAGUACAUCCCUCGCAUUUCUGCAGAUAUUUAAGUAUCUUUUCAUGGGAUAACACUGACAAAAUGACACUUUGACACAAUGAAAAGUUAUGUGUGCAGCUUAUAUAUUAGAGUUCAUUUAUUUUCCCCUCAAAAUAUAGCUAUUUUUAUGUUUGUGAGACUCAGGAGAAGAAAAUGCGGGGAUGCAAUGCGUGGUUGUGUUUUGUGUGAUCACAUUUGUGACGAUGCCUGUCCAUAAUGAUAGUAAAUUAAAGCCUGUGUUUUGUAACGAAUUUUCCCAGUUAAACAAGACUGUAAGAUGCAUAUUCAAUAAACAUAUCUUUUAUA